GGGCGGGCCCGGCGCGCUGACGUCACUUCCGUGCGGUGUCCUCUCGCUCGUCCUUCCUCACAGUCAGGCGGUGAAGAUGGUUCUGGAGAUGCAGAAAGUUCUGGCCGGAGAGCCCGAGGAGGAGGAAAAGGAGGAAGAGGAGGAGGAAGAUAUGGUGGAUCCGCUGGAGACGGUGAGAGCGCACUGCGAGCAGACGGAGAAAUGUGCGAAGAUUCGGGAACAUCUGGAGAUCUGUGAGACCCGAGUCAACUCCCGAUCCAACACCCAGGAGGAGUGUGUGGAGGAAUUGUUCGACUUUCUGCAUGCCAGGGACCACUGUGUCGCUCACAAGCUUUUCAAACAGCUGAAGUAAACGCUGCGCGAUCG